AGAUUUGUGUCACGGUAUUGUCAAAUUGUAUGUUUACAAAUUCAACUGAAAAUAUUAUGUUUUUAUAUAAGAUUGACGUUAUGUUAUUGAACUGAUUGUCUUAGUUCAUAAGAUGAAGUAUUGAAUCACAUGAAAAUAGUAAAACUGCAAUGGAUCAUUUAGCUCAAGACUUGUCUGUGGCUCUGGAAGAGUCAGAGUCCUGUGGUCCGAUGAACAUUGAGAACUACAGGAAAUGUGGCAUGAGAAGGAGGACCAGAUCAGCUGGAAAUUUGCAUCUCUGUAUAAAUAAGUCUGGCGAUAAUCCGACAGAUGAAAGUUCAAGCAGUAACUCCGAGGGUAGAAAUAAAGUUCAUAGUAAAAUUUCGAGUUUUCAUCAGUCCGAUUCUGACGAUGUGUCUUUCAAUUUUACAGUGUCCAAGGUGAUUAAUCAGAGGACUUCUCUCAGAAUGAAGCAUCCCAUCAACAACUUUCUCCGAGGGGUUAGUCACAGUUUGGAAAGUGACUCUUUGAAUGAACACUCUCCGGCCCGUCCAAAUUUGAGGAGAAAAAGAAAAUUGAAGAGGAUGAGUAUAGAUGAGACUCCUAUACCACCAUGUGGCAAAAGAAAGAGGUCUCAAAGAAUGGAAUUUGUUGAAAAUUCCAGAGGUUUAAAGCACUACAACAAAAUUAAACCAUUGCAUCAAAGUAUAGUUGACAAAAUUGAGAAGUUCUGCCAUCCUAGUAAUGAAGAAGUGAACAAAAUGGAAAUAGUCGACGAUAGCUGUGAAGUGGCUAGCGAAAGCAGUAUUAGCUGGAGUGGCGGAGAAGGACACGAAGGAGACGACGAACUAACAGACUGGGCGCCCACAAUGGACAAUUCCAAUGUCAGCGAUCCUCUUCCAUGGAACGAAACCGAUCCAAGAGAAAUACGUGCAGGUUGUCGUCGUAUAGGUAGCGAACGGCCGGGCUUUAGCAUAAGCACGGGCGCUAACGAACGUGUCGCCAAGUUCCUGCAGGACCAGAGCAAGGCGGAGGUGCGGGUGUUCGGGGCCGAGCGCGAGAAACUCUGCCAGUUAGCCGCCCUGUAUUCACUGGAGCUGUGGUUCGAGGGUCCGAGCGCGGUGCUGCGCAAAACGUCACGUACGCCCUCGAUGCAGCCCGCCCAGCGGCACCACACGGGACACAGCGCCAUCCACAAACGCAUACGGACGCACCACGUGCUCUCGUAGACGGUGUGAGUGCUGUGAAUCGGUGGCGAUGAUUUUGAUUGGAUCCGUUGAUGGUGGGGCGGUCAUACUCUUCAUGGUUGUGUUUUUGUUAAUUUUAAGGGGUUGAUUAAAAUCAUGGUAGCUCUUUUUAAACUUAAGGGUGUCAUAAUUAAUUAGUAGUAAUCAUUUGUUAUUUAUAAAAUGACAAGACAUUUCAAAAAUUUGUUCAUAUCAUGAAAGAUUUAGAUUUAGAUUUUAUUCAACCAAAUUUUAAUAUUUCUAAUUCCGCUGUUUAGAUCCUGGUACUGUUAUUGUACUAAUUUUUUACAUUACUUUAAACAAUUUUAUCUAUUCAACUUUAAUUAAAGCUAAAGUGUCAUAUUUUUUUUAGAUUCCAAAGAGCAUUUAAGUAAUUUAUUAAAUUCCAUGGUCAUAUUAAGAGGAUUUAAUUUUUAUUCAUGAGAAACACUUUUAAUUUACUUAUUAUUUUAUUAAUCAGCAAGAUAUGUUAAUUUAUACUUUAGAUUUUAACAUUUAAAAGUUAUGAACCGCUCCAUUUUUUAACAAAUUUUCCUCUACUGGAGUAGUUCUCAAUUUCAUUCAAGUGAUUUUUCUUCCAUAUUUCACUAUCAUCUGUCACUUAUUAUUAAACAUCUUGUUAGUUCUUUGUACAUAAUUAAUAGUAUAUAUGUAUGUAAAAGAUCUCGCAAACGCGUUUCAAAAAUUAAUAAAAAUGUAUCAUAAUUGUGAAACGAGUUUGUGAAUUAUAUUCGAGCACAAUUUAUUGUAUUUAAAAAGCAACCCACAAUGUACAAUAUAAAAAUAUAAUUAUUUAUAUUUUUUAAACGAUUCUGUCCUUAAAGUGACCUGAGAGCUGCUUAUAAAUACAUUGUAGUACUGUUUUUGUUGCGUCACACUUGCCCAUUUUAAAAUAUUUCAUAAUAUGUCUUAAUAUUUCAUUAUUUAAAUUACGUUAGUAAUUGGCGAGCAUUGGUAGAAGUGGGUUUUGAGAAAAAAACUACCUCUCUAUACUUUGUGUUAUAUUGAGUUAUCUUUAUAUCAGUUAUCUGUUCUUCCAGGCUCUUCCACGUUUUUUGACUUAAACCACUUUUCGCCAACGUCAAUCAUUAUACCAAAUUAUUGGCAUAAAUCUAUUUCUGUUGGUUAAACUUUUGAAUCUGAAUUUCAAGUUGACCAUUGAUUUGCAAAUAAUGGUUUGGUUUAUGUUAAUAGAUUCAAAUGUACUGGAGUCUUGUUCCUGUCUAUAUUUCAUUGGAUGACUUGUAAAUUUAGUUUAUAAAAUAGGAUAUGUAGUAUUUUUUGCCAUUAUAUUUCUCUUUAUUACACGUUCAUGUAUUUAAGACAGUAGAAACUAGCUAGUGUUUUGUUAUUUGUAUUUAUUUUAAAACCAAGGUUGUUUAUUUUUAUUAAAAAUUAUGG